ACACAAUUCAUGUUUGUAUUUACAUCAUGUAAUGUAGUGCUCAGCAGAAAGUAUAUUUAUUGGCGAAUUGUAGCAAGCUUUUCCCCCAAUGGUUCCGUUAGCUAGCAAAUUAUUUAUGUGGGAAAUCAAGUCCAGUCUGCUGUAGAACUCGACGCUGCGUAAAACGGAAACUCGAUGUAGUGAACCGGACUGUAGCGUAACUUUUACAAAAUCGGUAUCCCUUCUAGCCAUCACCACCAGUUCAUUCUCUGUAUGUUCUUUAGGUGGAAAUCAGCAACUCGGCGUCACUUCCUGAAAGAUGUGGAAAUUGCGCCUCUCUGUGGUGAAAAUAUAUAGUACCAGAAGUUAAAUAUGCCUUCGACGGCGUCCUCCGAGGAUCAAAUAUUUUUCAUACCGGAUGAAAGGAAAAAUCGCGUUUGUUGGUCGAGAACGAGGCGAGCAGAAGUCUGGGCGAAGACGAGCUAGUUAGCUGACUGUCUGCUUGGGAGAUGGAGGAGCAGGAGAGAGCUAUGGAAGAGGAUGCUCUGGACUCAAAGCCUCCACUGACCACUGAAGAGGAUGAGCCCAAGCAUACAGACCUCCACUGGUCUCAUAUCACUGAAACACAACAGGAGCCCAGUGAACCUGAAGAGAAAGAGAAGAAGCCACAGUCCUCAGAGCUCCUUGUCAUCAACAGCCUAGCUCCUCUAGACAGCUGGGAACCAGUCCACACUGAAAUCAAACCUGAGGAACUGACAAAGACAGAAAUGCUGAUACUGUCACAGACAGAGAAUCAGGCAACGAUACAGACACAGGACCAGACACAGACAUUAUCACAGACAGAUGAGUUUAUCAUAGUUGAUCAGAAUGGACAGCCCCUACAAUGUGAACGCAUGGUGCUAGUGACCAGUCAGUCAGACAACGGAGAGAUGUAUGUUAUCCCCUCUAAUCAGCUAGGAGGGGCUCAGGUGUUACUUCCUAGAGGACACCUACUGGACAUCAUAGACCCUACAGGAUCCUGCGGGGAGGAAGAGCUUCACUCCGUCCCGUUAACGGCUGUUACGGAUGACAGAGGCGGUUUGACUACAGUAUCAACGGCUGUAACGGAUGACAGCGGCAGUUUGACUACAGUCUCAUCGGCUGUUACGGAUGACAGGGGCAGUUUGACUACAGUCACAUCGGCUGUUACGGAUGACAGGGGCAGUUUGACUACAGUCUCAUCGGCUGUUACGGAUGACAGCGGCGGUUUGACUACAGUCACAUCGGCUGUUACGGAUGACAGGGGCAGUUUGACUACAGUAUCAACGGCUGUAACGGAUGACAGCGGCAGUUUGACAACAUCCACAUCGGCUGUUACGGAUGACAGAGGCGGUUUGACUACAGUCUCAUCGGCUGUUACGGAUGACAGGGGCAGUUUGACUACAGUCUCAUCGGCUGUUACGGAUGACAGCGGCAGUUUGACUACAGUCACAUCGGCUGUUACGGAUGACAGCGGCAGUUUGACAACAGUCUCAUCGGCUGUUACGGAUGACAGGGGCAGUUUGACAACAGUAUCAUCGGCUGUUACGGAUGACAGGGGCAGUUUGACUACAGUCUCAUCGGCUGUUACGGAUGACAGCGGCGGUUUGACUACAGUCUCAUCGGCUGUUACGGAUGACAGCGGCAGUUUGACAACAUCCACAUCGGCUGUUACGGAUGACAGGGGCAGUUUGACUACAGUAUCAUCGGCUGUUACGGAUGACAGCGGCAGUUUGACUACAUCCACAUCCACAUCGGCUGCAGCUAAGACCUCGGCACAGAGCUCUCAGGACUCUUUCACCUCUCUUCUGAAACCUCUCCCAUCCAACGCCCCGAACUGGGCCAUGAGGCUUCAUAAUGCUGAGAAGAUAGGCGACUCGUACCGUGGCUACUGUAACACCGACACGGAGCUGGAGACCGUCCUCCUGCUCCACAAGCAGCAGACCAACAGUGUGUUUGGGACACGCCAGUCCCCCUCGCCUGCCAAGCCUGCCAGCCGUCUGAUGUGGAAGUCACAAUACGUACCGUACGAUGGCGUCCCUUUUGUCAAUGCAGGCAGUAGAGCUAUAGUGAUGGAAUGUCAGUAUGGACCAAGGAGGAAAGGCCUCCAGCCCAAGAAGACUGCAGAGCAGAACAUCAGUCAGAGCAUUGAUUACAAAGCGACAUGCCCUGCCAGGAUCUACAUCAAGAAGGUGUGUAAGUUUCCCCAGCACCGGGUACCUACGGACCCUAAGGUAGACAAGAGGGUUGUUCGUCAGGAACAGGAGAAAGCCUUCUUCAACCUCCGGAAGACCCUGUGGGACGUGGGCGGAGUCCUGAGGUACUACAUGCAGCUCCCCACCCAGAAAGCUCACCUCUAUCAUGACACGGAAGCUCUCCUCCCGCCUCCUCCUCCAGACCUCCUCUUCCUCCCCAUGGAGGAGGAGGUGAAGCAGCAGGAGGAGGAGGAGAGGGGAUGUGUCUGUGAUGGAGGUGCGGAGGAUGGUGGAACCAUACCAUCUCGCCUCCACCCCAGGGUGGCAGAGAAGAUCAGGGAGUUGGUGGAGCAGGGAUAUCAUCAGGUGUACCAGGUCCGCAAACAGCUCAGGCGGUUUGUGGAGCGGGAGAUGUUUAGAUCAGAGGAGGUCCCAGAGAGACAUAACCUCUGCUACUUCCCAACCGUCAACGACAUAAAGAACCACAUCCACGAGGCCCAGAAGACCUUGCAGCAGGCUGGGGGGGUCACCACUGAUCUAACACAGUGGACUGAAGUGGACCCAAUGACUGAGACUGUGACUCUGACCCUCACGCCAGCCCCUGCUGAAGGUGCCUUCCAGAGAGUAGGAGUGUUGGAGGGGACGGACACGUUGUCUCCCGAGGCCGUACAACUCUUCAGCUCUCUCACCUCCCUGCAACCCAAGAUCUUUGCCCAGCUACAGGGUAUCCAGCUCCAACCAGACCUGUGUUCUUUUGACGGAGGUCUGUCUCAGUCAUCUACAGUCACUACAGACUUCCUGGGGCUGCCCAGCCCCUCACCCCCACAGCCUCUCCUGGUCAGCCCCACACAGUUCCUCCAGUCCAGCCCCUCUCUGGGGGAAGCUAUGACCCUAGCGGACACCUCAGUGGUUCUGAGCAUGGGUCAGGUGGUCCUGUUGUCAUCGUUAGGGGACGGCCAGGUGGUCGGCGUGUCAUCUCUAGGGGACGAGAGCGUGGGGACACACCAUAUACUGUUGGAGGACGGACAAACCAUCCCUUUUCAGAUAGUGGCUCCUGCUAAUAUUGCUCUGAACAGUCCAGAUGAGGCCAAGGAGGAGGACACUGUCAACCCUGUAGAUUGACACCAGGCCCUGCAGGGGUGUACCGUACUCCAGGGGUGUACUCCAGGGGUGUACUCCAGCCCUCACAGGGGUGUAUCUCAUUCCUCACAAGGGUGUACUUCAGCCCUCACGGGAGUGUACUUCAACCCUCACAGGAGUGUACUUCAACCCUCACAGGUGUGUACUUCAGCCCUCACAGGGGUGUACUUCAGCCCUCACAGGGGUGUACUUCAGCCCUCACAGGGGUGUACUUCAGCCCUCACAGGGGUGUACUUCAGCCCUCACAGGAGUGUACUUCAGCCCUCACAGGGGUGUACUUCAGCCCUCACAGGGGUGUACUUCAGCCCUCACAGGGGUGUACUUCAGCCCUCACAGGGGUGUAUUUCAGCCCUCACAGGGGUGUACUUCAGCCCUCACAGGGGUGUACCCCAUCUUCACCAUAUACUUAUUGUAAGAGCUGUUGGUUUUACCUCAGGACGGUCAUGUUUAUUGAUCACGUUUAUUGUACAAUUGACUGAAAGUGCAAUUUAUCCAGUGUUUUCUCCUGAUAUCAUCAUGAGGAACUUGUUUGCUAUCGCUUUAAAAUCAUGGAAUCCAACGAAUAUUGUAUAAUUACAGAUUUUAAAAAAGACAACUACGAGAACCCUGGAUGUAGUAACAAGAUAUCGUGUAUAUAUUAGUGCAUAGGAAAUGUAUUUUUAAUAGUAUUUCUAAACCUGUUGCAUCGUCUUCUGAAAUGAUCAUGUAAUUCAAUAAAGGUUUAUUUUAUUUGUUUAAAUUAAUUAAUUCCUUAAUUCAAUUGUUUUAAGUGGUUUACGGACUGUUCUAUUCAUUUGCCAAUAAAGAUCCAUUCAUUCUAGUGGGACUUUGUCACAACAAUUAAGAUUCAAUCAGAAGGACAGUAGUCAGAUUUGAAUGUAUUCCCAUAAAAUAAAUAAAAAGGUAAAAAUGGAA